UCAUUACCUGAGGAGAGAGAGAGAGAGGAUUUCCCCUGGAAACACACACAGACUUCCUGCUUUUUUAAAAAAUAUUUACUUAUUUUUGCCCUAUUGGCAGGUUGAACGUGCAGGGGACACCCUGUGUGUGUGUUGUUGUUGUUUUUUUUGUUCUUUUGCUUUUGUUUUUGUGUGUGAGGAAAAGAGCCGCGCAGUUUUGUCCUUCCUGAGGUCAGGACGGGUUGGAGCCCCGCGCAGCGGCGAUGGAACGUGUUCCCCCCGGGAAGUGCCUCACGGAGCCGUGCACGCCCGGCUUGUUGUAGCGUUUUCUGGAUCGAUCCUCUCAGCUUCUGUUCAGGGAUUUUUUUUUUACUGCGCAGGAGGAAAGGGAGCCCGGGAUGCCCGUGAGGAACAGGUACAACCUAGUGGACGAUGUGGCGGACUCGCGGCUGCCGCUGCACAACGAGGAAGCUUACCAGCAUGGGAUUUACUUCCAAGCCAAGUAUGUGGGGAGUCUUGACGUGCCCAGGCCCAACAGUCGGAUGGAGAUCGUAGCAGCCAUGAGAAGAAUCAGGUAUGAAUUUAAAGCCAAGAACAUCAAGAAGAAGAAGGUCAGCAUUGUGGUGUCUGUGGAUGGAGUCAAGGUGGCACUCAGGAAAAAGCAGAAGAGAAAAGAAUGGACAUGGGAUGAGAACAAGAUGUUGAUCAUGCAUGAUCCAAUAUACAGGAUUUUCUAUGUAUCACAUGACUCCCAGGACUUGAAGAUCUUCAGCUACAUUGCAAGAGAUGGCUCCAGUAAUUCAUUCAGAUGUAAUGUCUUCAAAUCUAAAAAGAAGACUCAGGCCAUGCGUAUUGUGCGAACUGUGGGUCAGGCGUUUGAGGUUUGCCAUAAGCUGAGUUUGCAGCAUGCCGAGCAGGAACAGUGCGCCGACGGACAGGCGGACGACGAUAGCAACAAGUCAACGGAAGAGCCCAGCAGCCACGCUCGUAAACUCACAGCAACUGAGCGGGAUGAAGAGGAUGAGGCUACAGAUGAAAGAGGAGAAGGAGGAGGAGGAGGAGAUCCUUCGAGUGAUGGUUCUCUGUGCGAGAAGGCAGUCGGUGAGAUCCUGCACAGCCUGGCCGAACUCAACGUGGUCAAACCAGGCCAGACAAUCAUGGACAUCGACAGACGGUCCGUCUUCACUGUGACGUCUCAAGGCAUCACUCCCAGCAGCCCUUGCUCUUCGUCUCUCACUCCACUGGCUUCUCAGCACUACCUGCAGCUCCUUCAGCAGCAGCUGCAGCAGCAACAGCAGCACACUCAGGUGGCCGUCGCGCAGGUGCAGCUGCUGAAGGACCAGAUGGCAGCAGAGACUGCAGCUCGCAUGGAGGCCCAGGCCCGCAUCCACCAGCUGCUGCUGCAGAACAGGGACUUGCUGCAGCACCUGGCGCUGCUCGUGCAGCAGCUGAAAGAGAUGGAGGGCGGCUCUCUGAUGAGAGCGCAAGAAGAGCAGUCACAACAGGACACUCAGGCGAACGGACACAGUGCUCCACAGACGGCGCAAAGUUCGCAAUCGUUAUCAGUGAAAUCGUUAUCCCUGAACCUGAAGAAUCGAUACAAUCAAAACUUGGAGCAGCUCGUCUCCUCCACGGCCGCGUGGCCACUCUCUCCAAACCAGGUCGACUGUGCCGAGUCCUUCCUGAACCUGCUGAACCUGGAGAACAGCUGUAAACCAGCAGCCAUGUUUGCAGAGCGGGACCCUUUCAUCAGAGCUAAUGGCACAGCGGAUAACAAGGAGAGCUCCAACAGCGAGAUUGUCCAGUUCUCAUCUAGAAACUCUGCCGACCUGGAUGAAAAGUAUAAACAGAUAAUACCCAAACUUGACCCUCCUCCACCUUCCACAAACCGCAAGCGAUCCAGCAGGACGUUCUCUCCGGGGUCAGAGGUCCCAGCUGUGUCCACGCCUGCGGCGCCGAGCCGCAGCAGCAGCCUCUCUUUCCCGGACAUCACCCCCAACUCCCUGUCGUCCACCGAUUUCCACUCACUCAGCAACGGUGAGAGCAGCUCCUCCUCGUCUUCGGCCAGCGAGGACUCGGGCGUCCGCUCCGAGACCAAGUCCCUGCUGUCGCCCCUUCGCGACGACGAUGACCUUUUUGCUGACCCCGGGGCAUUUUUGACAGCGUCCAGCAGCUGUGGAAGUCCCCUGGAGCAGCACGGCGGGGCGGUCGCUUCGUCCUCUGGUUCGUCAACUACAGAGUCGAACACCAUGGCCUCGCGUUCUGACAGCUGUGAUCAGCCGCUGUGCUUUUCAUCGCCUAUGAAUGACACCUGCCUUCAUAUCAGUUUUUCAGAGGAUGAGCUUCUGGAGAGCAGCCAGGAGGACACCAACAUGACCCAGCGGAGUUAGGAUGACUUAAAUGUUAUUCAGUCGACAUAAAAGAAAAUCCAGGAUUGGCUUUCAGACCCUACUAUGUUUGCACAGGGCUUCCCUUUCAGGAUCUUUAGUCGUUCCACUCACCUGUGACACAGUGCACGUGUUGCUAGAACGCUUGUUAUUGUAUCAGUAAUUAGCCAAUAAAUAGAUUUAGUAUUUUUGUAAUGAAAUUUAUGAUCUAAUUUACUUUUUAGGGCCUAGAAUGUAUGUUAAGCAGAGUACAUGUAGCAUUAUAUUGCACUGUUGAAGUCAUACUGAAUUCACUGUAAAUUCUACACUAACAAAGAAAACACAUUUUAUUUUUGCUAGCUGUCGACGUGGAGCCGUCAUUUUGUAUGAUGUUUCACCUUGGUGCAAAUAAGUGGAAAAGGACGAUAAUUUGUAAAAUUCACAGUUAAGACAAGAGCAGGGGAAAGAGGUGAUGUUGGGAAAAGUUUCAUCUCCUGCAAUGGACCUGAUAGGAUGAUGGAUGGGAAGAAAGGAACAAGGAGGUCAGUGAUUGGACAGAGGAGAGAUAAGAGUCAGUCAAUUUAGUUGUUAUGGUUGUUCUUGGGACUAUGGUUAGGCUCACAUUUGUUUUUUGUUUUUGUGUCAAGAGCAAGUGGGAUUUGGUUAUGUUGAAUCUAGAUAUAGACUGGUAUGAAACGUUCAUGUUAGAGUAAAAUACCACAGUAUCAUGAUAUUGUGGUAUCACAAUAUAUCCUGGAUAUAUUGUGAUACCACAAUCUAAGGCAGAACUUCGUCUACAAUCUGCCUUAGAUCAAUGCAGAACUUGAUCGAAAUGGUUUUGUAUAAAACUAAAAGCAAAUACUAGGAGUGUUGCAAUACGUACUGGUCUUAAAAGGAGGCAACAUACGAUAUCAAAACUUUAUGAGAAACAGAAAUUUCCAUUUUUAUGUUCUCACAAGCAGCAGUGAUUUCAUAAACAAUCAAAAAUUAUCACGAAAAUGGUUGUUAAAUUGUUAAUUUAAAAUAAUAAAUCUGAAACCUUCCUUUUAUUUUGCUAACAAGAACAGCAGCUGUUAGUUAGUUGCAGUCUUUUCAGUGUUUACAAAUCCUUUAUGUGUUAUCUGUUAGUCUGUCGUUUCUUUUUUUACAAGGUACCUGAAAUGCAGCCAAAUGUGUGAUGUUAAAGUGGUGGAGACGUCUGUGUUGUCUGACAGACAAUGUCAUGGCAACAACUGAAGUACGACUUCGUUUUAUACCUUAAAACAAGAAUUCGAAGUGCUUAAAGCUCUCGCCUUCAAAUCUAUAAGUUAUCUCUUUGAGAUAACUUAUAGUUUCAGUUUUUCAAAUAUAAAUACAGCAUGUUGAUUAUUACAAUUACAAUGAAGAUAUACAUGACAUUUAUUAAUUCUUAUUUUAAUUUUGAACUGCAGACUAGCGAUACACCAGUAUGAAAAUUAAUGUCUGAUGUAAAUGUUUCUAUUAUGGCCAAUAACCAAUAUUUCUGAAUAUCUUACAGUUCAGUUACAGUAGACUGCGAUUACUCAGUUACUGUUUACGAUCGCAUUAAAGCGACUUUAAACCUUCAGAGCUGUACGGUGGGAAAACGUAGUGAUUUUUAAAAACUGCUAUACUUUGAUGCCACCCGCGUGUUUGUGUUAUUCUUGUUAUAACAAGAUGUCCCUAUAACAGGAAAUAGGUCAAUUCUUGAAAAUGAAUAAUGUGAACCCAUCAAUCAUUUGACUGUCAUGUAUUUUUUUUUUUUUUACAUUUUUGUUAUUAUAUUAAUUGGUUGAUGACUAAAUGUUGACCAAAAAAACAAAAACAAAGCUCUGUUCUGUGAAUCUCCAACUAGCAAAAAAAAAAAAAAAAAAAAAACUCCCUUAUAGUAGACAUACAUAAUGCAACAACACGUAUUUCUACUCCAGGUGUAAAUGAAUUUUAUACUCAGAAGUGUAGAAAAUAAUAUAGUAAAUUGGGUUGACCAUUUUUCUUAGUGUGGGUUAAAGGAAAACACGUUUAAAAACUUCUGCAGAUCAGCAAUAUACAGCUGAGAAGUUUAUGUGUUCACUUUGCUGCUUUGCUAUUCUUUAUGGCUUCACUGAAAGUGCUCUGUUGUGAACUUUGAUUAGUAGAUGGAGAAACACUAUAAAAGGGGAGAUACGAGGCGAAGCAGCUGCGGAGUGACAGAGGCAAUGGGUGCAGAAGUAAAAUGUCCUGAAGGGGAAACAUUUUACACCAAAAGAUGAGGCUUUUCCCAACAUCACGUUUAGCAGGGAGUUUUACAACACUAACAUGGCUGAAAAUAAAACACAAUAAAGAGGUGGAGCUGAAAACUACGGUACUUUACUCUCUUUUUUUUCCCAUUAUUUAUUCUCAGGGAACCUUAAGUUGGUCUGGGCUGUACAUUACCCUGCACACAGAAUGAUAGAAAGGUUAAUGUGCCGUGUAUGACGCCUACGUUCACUGUACUGCUGAAAUUACCUGUCUGUGCAUGUACUUCAUUCUGCAAGUCAGCUUUGUUGACAGUCUUCUAUAUUAUUUCCUGUAACCGCAGUACAUUGGACCCACAGACAAAGCUGAAAUCACCAAGGAGCUUACGUAUAGUAAAGUUUUAGAGAAUUCGCUGAGUUAGCAGCAGAGAAGUCCUCCUCGGUUUGUUGAUAACAUUCGAAUUGGAUCUCCGUGUUUGUAGUUCUCCUAGUUUUCCACACAAGUCUCAUUAAGGCUUUGUGUCACUUUUUCCAGAGUUGCUGUCUUCGAGCUUAGCAGUUCUCUCUGCCAUGUGAAAGCAGAAAAGCAUGCAUGCGUAGCACAUGCUGUCACUACCAGGCAUUAAGACGAGGCUGAAGGGCUUAUUGCCCUCAGGGCCUCUAUGCAAUGCACUUAUUAGAAAUUAGACAAAUGGGAAUUCCCUUCGCUAUGAGGUAUUAAAGCUGUAAUUUGUCCCAGAGCUAGGAUCUCAAAAGUGAAAGCCGCAUCUCUUGGCACAGCAAGCAUAAAUUAUGGAUAAUUAUGCUUGUAGCAAGAAAUGCGCCAAUCAAUCUGCCUGAGAUCAGAAUUGACUGCAUCAAAGGCAAUAAUGAGCUCCCAUCAUUUUCAGUCUACUACUGCUGCUCAAAACUAUGUUUUCAUGAUGCUUACAUUUUUCAAACCAUUCAACUAAUUAUAUAACUGGAUUAAAGACAAAAUGAUUGUUUCAUUUAUUAAAGGAGGCAAAUAUGUCAUACCAGACUUUAUGUGAGAAAACAAAUGACAUCUUCAAAUUUUGGUGACAACUGCUGUCGAGCCUUUGAACACUGACAUCAAUUGAGAGAAGCGGAGACUUCAGGCUCUGGAUGUUCUGUUUGUGACUCCAUGAGUGAAUUGUUGAUGUACUGUUGGAGACAUGUUGGUCAUUUAAAUUGGACAAAUGACCAAUCUGUCCUGUGAUCAUUGGAUAAGUGAUCCAAUGAUCAUUUAUCAUGUAUCCAAUGAUCAAAAGGCAAUUUUUCACAGGAUUUAAGUGGUUGUUGUUGUUGUUGUUGUUUUUUUAUUAAGAGUCAGGCAGUAAUCCUUCCAAAGUGAGGUGAGUGAAACUGAACGAAUAAAGGUGGAAAUCACAGUUAUUGCUGGUUUGACAAGGGAGAACUUAUUCUCACAUUCAUUUAGUUGAUUUGGAUAUGCUGUUUCCCCGUAUAAAUGAAAUUGUUUAAAAAAAGCAUUUUAAAUUUGCUCAUGUUAUCUUUAUCCAGAUAAAACUUGUGCCGUCCA